AUGGCUCCUCUGUCGGGAAAUGACUCCCCCGAGACGAGUGCCGUCUUGAGGUGUGGGAACAGAGCGACCAGACGCGCGUGGCCACCGAGUGUAGUUCGGCACCUCCCUCCGGCGUCUGCAGGCGUAUCCCACUUCAGGUCUCUGGAUAUCAAUCCUGCUCUUACUCCUAGUCAUCAUCCGUCCUCGGAAGGCGUUGAUUACGAUGCUGCUCAGGAGUAUUCCAAUUCAGACGUGGCCCUAUUUUGGAAAUCCCCUUCUCCCUUCUGCCAAUGGACUCCUUCUACCUUUGUUGUUGGUGGUGUUUCCUAUGUGUGUGCAGAGCAAUUUUUUGCUGCAGAAAAAGCUCGCCUUUUUGGCGACCGCGAAUGUUUGCAGAACAUAAUGAGAGUUUCAGACCCCCGCCUACAUACACAGUAUGGCCGUGCGGUCCGGAAUUCUAACCAAACUCUCUGGGAGCAAGAGCGCGAAAAUAUCGUGCUGACCGGUUCUUACGCCAAAUUUAGCCAAAAUCCAGAGAUGAGACUACACCUCCUUGGUUCCGGCGAUAAACUUUUAGCAGAAGCCAGCCCUUGGGACCUCAUUUGGGGGAUCGGCCAUCGGGCUGAUCACCCUGACGCUUGUCGUCCGUCCCGUUGGCGUGGUCUAAAUUUGUUGGGAAUAGCUUUGCAGAAGGUUCGCCAACUUUUACGAUCAAACGCCCCACCGCCAGAACGCAGUUCUCGCUUGUCGGCUUUGGGUGGACGCUAUUCUCGACCAAUACCUUGCCGCGGGCUAAUACAACACUCGACGUCUCCAUACUCGAGUUCUUUGGUUGCCAUACCCGAGAAAUCUGGUGGUGUUCGCAUCACCGUGAAUUAUCGCAAGUUGAAUAAGCUUUGUGCUCUUAGUCAGCUCCCGAUCCCUCGAGUUGAUGAUACUCUGGACAAAUUGUUGAAGGGAAAGAUCUAUUCUCUCUUUGACAUGAAAUCUUCGUUCCAUCAAAUCACGGUUCAUCGUGACACCAUCCCUCUCACGGCGUUUGUUACGUCUUCUGGGCUUUUUGAGUGGUUGAACAUGCCGCAGGGCACGACCAUUCGCUCUCUUUUCGAAAGGUUGCGUACACACAAUUUGAACCUGACCCCUCGAAAGCUUCAAUUGGCGCCACAGAAGCCGAGUUUCUUGGGCACACUAUUUUCUCCGGACGGUGUUCAGUCAAAUGGUGACAAAGUUAUUGCGCUCACCAAGAUGCCGAUGCCCAAAGACACCAAGCAGCUUCGAGCUUUGCUGGGUGGUCUCAGCUACUACCGGAAAUACCUCCCACAGAUGGCUAAGCACGUUCGCCCCCUUACGACUCUUCUGAAGAAGAAUGUGAAGUUUGAGUUUACGGAUUCCAUGGAAUCCGCCAUCAGACAACCUCUCGCAGAACUCGCGAGCCCCCCUGUUCUGGUGUAUCCGGAUUGGGAUGCUGUAUCCGACGGUUCGCGUCCUUUUCGCCUCUAUUGUGACGCGAGUAAAGAUGGGUUUGGCGGGACUUUGGAACAAGAGCAACCUGAUGGUUCUGUUCGACCGAUUGUAUUCAUUAGUUACUCUAGAGUCUGA